UUAAUGUGUAUACAAACAUGUCAUCUUCGCAGUGCAGUUUUUAAUUUAAUUUUUCACAUUUUACGCUUCCAUCUUGUAUAUUAUAUACCUACACCUAAUUAGGUGUUCGAAAAUAUGACUUCCGUUAGUCGAACAAAUUCGGAAUCUACUCAAAAAUCAGACCAGUGCGAGGCAGGAAGUAGGAGUAAAAGCUGCGAUACUUUGUGCACCUCAAGUUCGAGUUGUUUUUUUAAAAAAAGGAAACCUAUGAAUCCAUUGGCAUAUCCCGUAAGGCCGACGCACAAAGCCAAUCCGGUAAAACAACGGGUCAUGUCUGCGAAACUGCUAAAACUGCGACAGCUACAAAGUCAACUGAAUGACGCAAAUUUCCAUUUAGCCGAGGUUGCUCGGGAGAACCAAGUUUUAAAAACAUUACAAAAACGGCAAGACAAAGCCUUAUCACGAUACGAAAGUACAAACGCAGAUCUUCCAAGAUUACUUCACUCGCACGAGGAAGAACUUCGAAUGUUGUCGGAGAGGAACAAGAGCUUGAAAAAAAAUUUGAGAGAGUUAAGCGACCAAUUGAAAUUAAAAACCGAAGAGCUGGGCAAAGCGAAAGAACAACUGUCGCGUCUAGAAAAACUGAAUAGAGAUAAACACCUGACGGAAAGGGAAACGCUCAUGGAUAGGUUGGAAGAUUUAAAAAUGAAACUGACCAAAUCGGAGGAACAGGUGACCGUGCUGAACAGGAAAUUAAUACUGGAAAGCAAGAUCUCGAAACAACGAUUGAACACAGAAAUCGUAAAGUAUAAACAGAGCCAAAAGGAACUGGUCCACGCGCUCGCAGAAAUCGAUCGACUGACCGCGCUCGUCGAAGAAAAGGAGAAUACGACGGCGCGACCGAGAAAACCGUUUGGGAAGUUCGGAAACCAUCAAUCGAUGUCGAUGGUCCAUUUGGGCGCUCAUCAAACUCUAGAUGGCAACUUGACGAAAGAAAAAGUGGCAUCCGAAGAAAAUUUCCCCCAGACGCCAGUACUGGACGUAAAACUCGAACCGAUCAGAACGAAAACAGAAGAAAUCCGACGAAACUGCCACACGGAUUUGCUUAAAACUCCCAUGGAAAGUAUAAAACAGAGACUGUCGAAUAGUGCGGAAGGUAUUUCUCCAAAAGGAGACGAAGCGGGUCGCGAUUUCCUCAAGAGCAGGCCCAAUUCUUCCUUAAAGUUGGAAAAGAUCGUGAAAGUGAACGACGGCGACAAAACGAAACCGGACCAAUCGCCACGGAAGGAUGAGUUGCGAAAACGCGAUAAAUUAGAACUGAACCAAGUGGAUAACGACGAAUUAGUAAGGCGCGUUUCGGAACCAGAUUCGGCGAAAUUCGACCGAAAAUUCAACGAAUACUGCUCGGAAAUCGUGAGCAACAUGAAAAGUUGCUCGGAAGUGAUCGAAUUGCAUAGGGAAAAUCUCAAGUCGUCGCAACGCGAUAGCGAUACCUUAUUGGCAGCUUUCAAGGACACCGAACAACUUGAAUCGAAGCUGAAAAAAUCGUUUUUCCAUUUGGACCAGUCGGAUAUGAGUUUCGUACGCGAGAUCUUGAACGAGGAAUACAAGUUUAAAGAAAAGGGGGCGAACGGUAGGAAAGAGCCGAUCGUCAGUAUCGAUAACAAAAAGAAAUUGCUCGCCACUCUGAGGGCUAUCGACAACGGCGAAAGUUUCGAUAGUUUAGAAGAUGGUAAAGCAAAUCAAGGGACGAUAAUGCAAGAAAUUUACGGCAACGUUUCCCACUGACC